AUGCAAAAGGUCGCUGAUGCUGUUGGCUAUGCCAGCACCGUCUUUGCUGGAAAGAAGGAACAGAUGCUUGAGGUCUGCACUUAUGUCUCUGAGCGAGGCUUCAUCCCAAAAGAACUUGUCAACAACGAAGUGUCUUGGUUCUACGGGAAUCUUGGUAUCGACGAUGUGUAUUUCCAGCAAGAGUCUAUUGAAACUAUUGCUCAGCAUAUUAUGUCGUUGUAUGCUGCCAAGAUCUUUGCUUACAUCAAGAAUGAAAAAUCGCUCGAGAUUAACCUCGAGCGUGAAACCGACGAAGGUGCCGUUUAUAUUCACACUUCUCGUCCUGGUGUUUCACAGUUGAAUGGUCCCAAGUACGAGUCAAAGAUUGACGAAAAAUAUCUUGACGUGUCCACCAACAAACAGGCUUACCGUCUCGAAUCUUUCCGCUCGUUUGGUACCGUGUCUUCUUCCUUGUCCACCACACUACGUUGCUACUUUGUGCGCAAGUGUGUUUUUGCAAAGUCUGAGCCUACUGCCGAGGAUGAGAAAAACAUCAAACUUGUCGGUGACAAGCAUUUCCUUGAAAAAGCUACUGACAACACUCUUGAAAUCUACCAAAACGUCAUGAACCAAGUUCUUGUGCGCACUGGUCCCGUCAUUGAAAUGUUUGACGUUCCCAAUUCUCGUGAAAAGCGUCUGGUCAUUGGUUUCCGUCAUCGCACCACUCGCUCCUUCUUCUCUGCUCUUUCUGAUCUGUAUCACUACUAUGACUUGUUCUCUGCGCGUAAAUAUGUUGAGCAGUUCUCCAACGGUGUUACCAUCAUUUGCCUGUACUUGAAUCAGAUCCCCAAUAGCACGGCCCCUCCAAUCGAGAGUUCUAUCUUCCAGGUCAUCAAGGAAGCUUCCUUGAUUUACUGUCUACCUACAACUCCCCUUCAGUCCUUUUUCCAACAAGGAACCCUCUCUGUCCAAGAAGCCAUUUAUGGUUAUAUUGGCUGGAUCUUUUCCCAACACUUCCUUAACCGUCUCGGUUCUGAAUUUACUGCCUUGAACUCGAUCGCCGACAUCAACAAUUCUACUCAUGUUGAAGUUCUUGACAGAAUCAAGAAGCGUCUUCGUACCGACACAUUCACUCGUGACUAUAUCCUUGAUAUCAUCAAGCUAUACCCCGACUUGAUCAAACUCUGCUACCUCAACUUUGCCAUGGUUCACUACAUCAACCCUGGUGAAAAUGAUCUCAAGCCUUCACUAUCGUAUCAGCGUCUGCAAACCAUUCCCGUCAUGAGUGAUGAUGAGCUGCUUCAAACUAUCAAAAAGACUGUACAAAACAACCACGAGUUUAUGGUUUUUGAAUCCUUCUUGACAUUCAACAAGCAUGUUCUCAAGACCAACUUUUACCAGCCCACCAAAGUUGCCUUGUCGUUCCGUCUUGAUCCCAACUUUUUGCCUGAUGUUGAGUAUCCCACAAAACUGUUUGGUAUGUUCUUUGUUGUGGGCAGCGAGUUCCGUGGGUUCCACUUGCGUUUCCGUGAUAUUGCUCGUGGCGGUAUCCGUAUUGUUCGUUCGCGUAAUCGUGAAGCAUAUUCCAUCAAUCUGCGUAGCCUUAUGGACGAAAACUAUGGUUUGGCAGCUACCCAGCAGCGUAAGAACAAGGAUAUUCCUGAAGGCGGUUCCAAGGGUACCAUUCUAUUGGAUAUCACUCAACAAGACAAGCCCCGCGUUGCUUUUGAAAAGUAUGUCGACUCUAUUCUUGACUUGCUUCUUGUUGGUGAGUCUCCUGGCAUCAAAGAAAAGAUUUGCGAUCUUUACAACAAGCCAGAGAUUCUUUUCUUUGGUCCCGAUGAGGGCACUGCAGACAUGAUGGACUGGGCGAGUCAACAUGCACGCCAUCGUGGUGCUUUCUUCUGGAAAGCCUUCACCACAGGCAAAAGCCAGGCUAUUGGUGGCAUUCCCCACGACACUUUUGGCAUGACCACCCGUUCUGUCCACCAAUAUGUGUUGGGUAUCUACCGUAAACUCAACCUCAAGGAAGAAAACACAUCCAAAUUCCAAACUGGUGGUCCUGACGGUGAUCUUGGUUCCAAUGAAAUCAAGAUUUCCAAAGACAUGACUGUUGGUAUUGUUGACGGUAGUGGUGUUCUCUUUGAUCCCAAAGGUAUCAAUCGUGACGAACUUCACCGUCUUGCCACUGCUCGUAAGAUGGUCAUUGAUUUUGAUCUUUCAAAACUCAGCGCACAAGGAUUCCGUAUUCUCGUUGACGAGAACAAUGUUCGUAUUCCCGAUGGUACUGUGAUUGAAAGCGGUCUCAAGUUCCGUAACGAGUUCCACUUGGACACUAUGGCGUGUGCUGACCUGUUUGUUCCUUGCGGCGGUCGUCCCGAGGCUGUUGAUCUCAACAAUGUUCACACUCUUUUCAAGCAAGACGGUACUCCUCGAUUCAAGUAUAUUGUUGAAGGUGCCAACUUGUUCUUUACUCAAGAGGCUCGUCUUCGUCUUGAAAAGGCUGGUGUGGUGAUCUUCAAGGAUGCCUCUGCCAACAAGGGUGGUGUCACCUCUUCUUCUUUGGAAGUACUUGCUGCUCUUUCAUUUUCCGAUGAGGAAUUUUUGGAAAACAUGCAAGUGCGCAACAAAGUUGUUCCAACCUUUUAUGCCGAGUAUGUCAAGAAUGUUCAGCAGAUUAUUGAAAAGAAUGCCGAAUGUGAAUUUGAAGCUCUCUGGCGCGAAGCAGAGCGCACUGGUCGUGCCAAGUCGAUUCUUUCUGACGAGCUUUCUAUUGCCAUUGUUCGCUUGAAUGAAGAGUUGCAGCACACUACUCUUUGGGACAAUGUUCCACUUCGCAAGGUGGUUCUCAACGAGGCUUUCCCCAAGACAUUGCUUGAAAAGGUUGGCUUGGAUACUCUGUUGAAGCGUGUUCCUGAAAGUUACGUCAAGGCCAUUUUUGGUAGUUUCCUGGCUUCGAGGUUCGUUUACCGAUACGGUGUUGAGCCCAGCCAAUUUGCAUUCUUUGAAUUUAUGGCUCCUUAUUUUGCCAAGUCUGGUAAUUAG